GCACUUCUAAUGACCUGCGUGUUCAUCACUGAGACAAUUUAUUUACAAAUGGAGCAAAAGAUCACUGUUACCACCCCAAAACCGGGUUAAGUCAUUUUUAAACUUUAACUUUAUUCUUCUUCAGCCAUUUGGAAACUCUAAAAAUGUGCUAAUAAAUAAAUGGAUACAUAAAGUAUAAAGCAAAGAAAGGAAAAAGAGAAACUUACAUUUCGUCAACUUUUAUCACUUCUGAAAGCAGAAGGAAGGAGUGGUUUGAAGGAGAAGAUCAACCCCUCAAGUCCCGCCCCUUCUUAUCAGGACUACUUGUAACCUGAGUAGAAACCAAACUAAAACUCAUUGGUUUCUGACCAUCACACAAUGCAUAUCCUUGCGUUGAUCCUUGGUACUGUGCUGCUUCCUGCAGCCUGUGCAUUGCAGUGUUAUGAAUGCAUACCAGGACUAUCUCUAAACUGCACUGAGACAACAAAAGAAUGUCCUUCCAAUACUCAGUGUGGUUCAUUCAGAAUAAUUUCAUAUGCAGGUGGUACAGCUCUCGCUGAUGUUAAAAUGAAAAUGUGCGCUCUGGCUGAAGAGUGCGGUGAGGCCUCAGUCAACCUUGGAGUUGCCCAAGCUGUAAUUACUAGCAAGUGUUGCACCUCUGAUCUUUGCAACACCCAAGAUGCCCCUGGUGGCACCAUACCCUCUCCAAAUGGGAAAAAGUGCUACCAAUGCGAUGGAAUCGAUUGCACCAAAACUCUAACCUGCAAUGGAAAUGAGGACCACUGCAUCUCAGUAGCAGAAGGGGAAACUACUAAAGUAAAGGGCUGCACCUCCAAGAUGAUUUGCUCAAACACACAAAUUGCGCAGAUCUCAGCAAUCAUUGGAGCAGAAAUCAGCUGCUGUCAGGGUGACCUCUGCAACAGUCCCAGCACUGCUGUAACAACAACAUCACAGCCCAGCAGUACAACUGCUAGCACUACAACAAGCCUCAUGCUGCUGCUCUUUGUGACACUGCUGAUUUCUUUGGUCUUAUUCUCUUAGCCGAUGGAAACAACAGUAUCAUAGCCCAAUUGUUCUUCUCACCUUCACAAUGCUUUCACCCAUUUAUCUCAGAGC